AAUAUUCAAAAAAUUUCGUACUUCAAUGCAAAUUAUUUUAUAGUGAUAAGAUCUAACAUAAAUUUUUAUUAAUAAUAGAAACAAAAGUUUAUAUUGUGAAAAAAGACCAAAGCGAAGUUGAGACAAAAGAAAAUUGUACAAACAAUAGAAAAAUCGGUAAAAAUGGCCACCACCGCUGAUUUACCAAGCUCCAAUGAGCGACACUAUUAUGCAAAAUUAGAGGCCAUAAAAGACAUACGUGAUAAAACUGUUGCAUUGGAAAAAUUAAAAGUACGCAUUAUUAAGGAGGUUAAAUUGAGUGAUGAUGAGGAUAAAUGUCUGGAUGAGUACCGCAAGGAAUUAGAACAUUUGUUGGAGGAAAAGAUGUCGCACGUCGAAGAGUUGCGUCAAAUUCAUGCCGACAUUAAUGAUAUGGAGAAUGUUAUAAAACAAACGAAAGAGAAUCAAACGCGUUCGGUUGAUAUGGCCAAUCGACACUAUGAGGAAUAUUUGGCUUUAAAGUAUCAAAUAGAUCAUAUGCGUCGCGACUACUUAGGUUUGAGUCCGCUGAGAGAUUUACAUGAAGAGGAAGGUAGUCCUAUAUCAAAAGAUCGUUUUCCUACAAACUUUUUAAAGGUUGCUGCUCAAAGUGCGGCCGCAGCAGCAGCCGCUUCUACGCAAGCUUCAUCCUUGGCUAGACCCCAUCCGCGUCAUCCAUUGAUGCCAGAGGCGACUGUUACUGCCCUGCCGCCUUCUGCUCCCAAUAGUGUAGGCUCUAAUCCAGGAGCACCACCCACUGGCGGUCAUGCUUUUAUGCCGCCAGCACCUCCAGGCUCUGGAUCAAACGCUUCGGCCGCUGUACGUUUGGGUAAAGGUGACUUUUCAGCACCACCUCCACCACCACCGCCCUCAAGUCGCCUGCAACAAGCUCCUUCUAUAGGUUUAGGACAUCAUCCUACUUUCCGUUCUGAUUUCAAUGUUAACUUAAGACAACAACCACCUCCCAUGAAAUCGUGUCUUUCGUGUCAUCAACAAAUACAUCGUAAUGCACCCAUUUGUCCAUUGUGUAAAGCCAAGUCUCGUUCGCGUAAUCCCAAGAAACCCAAAAAGAAAAAUAAUUAAUUUUUUGUUUCAACAACACAGCAACAGAAGAGUUGAGUAUUUAAUAAUAGCAGUAUUGUUAUGUGAGUGAUUAUAUAAAUAUCGAAGAUAUCGAUUAUUAAGUGGGGUAUACACUUUUAACGAAAGUCCUGUUUUUAUAUUUUUCCAAAAGAGAUAUAUUUACGUUUUAAGUAAACCCUGUAUUUAACAUUAAAAUAGAUUUGAGAACAAAACUUUAAUAGAGAGUUUUAAUAUUAUACGAAUUCGUAUAUUUUAAAAAGAAUACAUACAUAAAUGUAUAUAUGUACAACCGAUACUUUAAUAAAAGGCAACUAAUUAAUAAUAGUUUAAGGUAUUAGGCUGGCCUGAUUCCACAAAGUACUCACUCUUUUUGCAUAUAGAUUAUAGAAUUUUAGAAAACUUAAAAAAUUGCAACCAGCAUAAAUGCAAUUAUAUAAAGCUUAAAGGAAUUUCCAAAAAACAGCUAUUAUUAAAAACUCAACGGUGAACAAACAAUUGCUUUUAAUUAUUAAUAUUUUUGUCAAUUUUUACAGCUACUUAUCUUUAAUAUACAUACUAAGUUAAUUUUAAUUCUAGGUUUGCAGUAUUAUUAACAUCUACAUUUUUGUGUUUAACUAAUUAAUACUUUAAAAUUAAAGUACACACUAACCAUUAAAUAUGUAAUACAUAGUUUAUUUGCGCUGUCGAUCGUACUUAAUUACAAUGCAUACACAUGUAUAAUUUUUUCUAUAUUCUUGCCAAUAAUAUUUUAAAUAAUUUUAUUAUACUGCUAUAUAUGUAACAAUAUAAUAUUUUGUUUAUUUAAAAAAUUUAUUAUUAUUAUUUUUUUAGUUCCUUUU